AUGACACCAACAAAGGAUUACUUUGUGCGUGUUAGAAACGGAUUAGAUGAUUUACAAAAGGGCAAUAUCGGAAUUUUAUUUAAUGCGGAUUUCAACUCUUGGUCCUAUGUUAGAAAAGUCUUUAAUAGAGUCGCAGGAUCACCCAAUGCCUUAAGAUUUGCCGUAAAAAUGGUAGAUAACAUCUUUCAGGAUUUGGAAAAGAUAUGGAACAGUUUGAUUGAAGAGCAAGGUCAAUUUGUGAAUAAUGAGCAAGAAAAAUCUGUAGAAAUUGAUUUUGUAUCUUGGUCAAAAAGAAUUUUCGCGGAAACUACAAUGAUACAGACAGCCAGACAACACCCUAACGUAUUAUCAGCUUACUAUAAUAGGAUCACAAAUAGAGAUCUUGAUAAUAUUCAAAGCAUAAAUGAAGAAUUUUUGGACCGUUUGUUCAUUGCAACUGAUUGUGUGCAACAUUAUUUAACAAUUCCACCAUUUAUACGUAACCUUCCGAUUAUAAAUACUUAUUCAAAUUAUUUAUACGAGAAUUUGAUGUGGACGAGACAUUAUGCAUACAAUUUGGUCAAAGAUCGUAGAAAAGAAAUUGAGAACAUUGAAGAUAAAGAGAAGUUAUCACCUGAUAUGUUAAAUAUGUUAUUGACCGCUAAUACGCCAAACGAUAUUAUUCAAAGUAUUUCUAAUGAGAGCAAUAAGAAACCUAUGUCAGAUGAAGAAGUUGGUGAUAUUAUUGUUGAGAUAUUUAGUGAAGGAAUUGAUGCAUUUAUUCUUUAUAACGUUGGGAAUAAUCCGGAUGUUGAACAACGUAUCCUUGAUGAGAUUGAAAAGGUAUUUGAUUAUCGAACUGAUUUUAAGAUUUCCUAUGAAGAUUUGAAUAAACUUGUAUAUGUUGAAGCUGUAAUAAAAGAAGUGUUAAGAAUCAGGCCAGUUACAUCAACGAUUUCGCGCUUCUUAAAACAUUCCGAUAAAGUUGACGAAUAUAAUAUUCCAUCAUCAACACAAUUGGCGAUUAAUAUUGUGAGUUUACAUAAGAAUCAAAAUUACUGGAAAGAACCUACUAAAUUCAGUCCCUCAAGAUUUUUAGCUAGCAGCAAUAACGAUGAAACUUAUAAUAAAAGUACACUCAUGAACUUUGGUGGUGGGAUCCUCUAA